AUGUCGUCGACAACGACAGUAACGAGGUCAAGCAGAACCAAUACCAAAUGGGAUGUUGGCUUUCAAACAACUCGUCGGCAUGGUCUAUUUCGAGAUACCCCUAGUGACAAAACAGCCUGGCCGUUGCUGCAUGCUGCCAUAAAACCGCACGUUGACUCCUUCAAUGCACUCUUCGAUCAAGGACUGAUAGACGAAGGUCUUAAAGACAUUGGAAUACACUCUGUGACCGAUGGUGACCCUCGCGACCGAAGCAAGAGCACAUCUCGCAACAGACUUGACUUGAGGGUGACCGAAGUCCUCCUUGAGAAAGCCACUCUGCCCUCAAGCAAUCGCAAUACCUCGACUCGCGAAAUCUACCCGGCAGAAUGCAGAGAAAGAGCUGCUACAUAUAAAGGAAAGCUACGCGCACGCUUACAGUAUCGACUCAAUAAUGGCGACUGGAAAGAGGCGGUCAGAGAGAUUGGAUCUCUACCGAUCAUGCUCCGGUCAAAUCGGUGCCAUCUAGAAGGUCUCUCGCCGGCUCAGAUGGUGAAGCGCAAAGAGGAGGCUGAAGAGUUGGGAGGAUAUUUCAUCGUGAACGGCAAUGAGAAGCUCAUUAGAAUGCUUAUCACACCAAAAAGAAAUUACCCGAUGGCCAUCUUGCGACCCUCUUUCGAGAACAGAGGCCCAACCUAUUCCAAAUACGGCAUCUCAAUACGUUCCGUACGUCCUGACCAGAGCUCGGUUACGAAUGUACUGCAUUAUCUGACUGAUGGCAAUGUCAGCUUCAGAUUCGCAUGGCGAAAGUCCGAGUAUCUGCUUCCAGUCAUAAUGGUUCUAAAGGCGCUCGUUGAGACAAAUGACCACGAGAUUGCUCAAGGAAUUGUUGGCGUGUCUUCAAGUUCUGAUCCACCCAGCUCUUUUGUGUCAGAUCGUGUCGAACUGCUUCUGAGGACUUACAAAGCAUACGGCUUGAAAACGAGAUCACAGACCCUCGCCUACCUUGGUGAAAAGUUCAGACCUGUUUUGCAGACACCCAUCACAUUAUCCGAUGAGAAGACUGGCGAAGAGCUCUUGCGGAGAGUAGUGCUGCCACACCUCGGCAAUAUUGAUGUUACAGCUGGACAAAACAACGAUAAGUUUCAGAUGGUCCUCUUCUCUAUACGAAAGCUGUAUGCUCUAGCGGCAGGUGAUUGUGCAGUAGACAAUCCAGAUGCAGUCGCAAAUCAGGAAGUGCUCCUAGGCCCUUUUCUAUAUGGUAUGAUACUGAAAGAGAGUAUCUACAAUUGGCUUCUGUCAAUGGGCUCACAAGCACGAGAGUAUAUCAGAAGCAGAAGUCCGCCAAGCUUCGAUACAAAAUUCGAGCAGGACUUCCUUCCCAAGAUCGUGCGGAAAACGAAUGAGAACAUUGCUCAACGAUUAGAAUAUUUCCUCUCUACGGGCAACCUGGUCAGCGAGAGUGGUCUAGACCAGCAACAAACAUCUGGCUAUACAGUCAUGGCAGAAAAGAUCAAUUUUUACAGAUUCAUCAGUCAUUUCAGAUGUAUACAUCGAGGUGCUUUCUUCGCGCAGUUGAAGACCACGACUGUUCGAAAGCUGCUUCCCGAAAGUUGGGGCUUCCUAUGUCCGGUCCACACACCCGAUGGUUCCCCUUGCGGAUUACUGAAUCACCUUUCACAUCAGUGCGUGAUACAAACUCAUCGCAUCGAUGCUAGUGGAGUUGAGGCAGCUCUAUCAAGGCUGGGCAUGUCUAAACAGCCUUCCCGCUCAGUCAAAGAUGGAAUUUCGGUUCAACUGGACGGUCGUGUUCUAGGUCAUAUGUCAGCGAGACGUGCAAGAGAAGCAGCUCAACUCCUUCGACACUGGAAGGUGCGCGAUGAGAAGAGAAUACCAAAAGAGUUAGAAAUUGCCCACAUACCAACGUCCAAUGGUGGUCUCUAUCCAGGACUCUACAUAUUCAGCGGUCCUGCUCGUAUGAUCAGACCCACCAAGUAUCUUCCAGCUGACAAGCUCGACUACGUUGGACCUCUUGAACAGCAAUACAUGAACAUCGCAUGCACUGAAGCAGACAUAAUACCAGAUCUAACAACUCACAUCGAAUACAAACCGACCAACAUCCUCUCAAUUCUAGCCAACAUGACUCCCUUCUCCGACUUCAAUCAAUCACCUCGCAAUAUGUAUCAAUGUCAAAUGUCCAAGCAAGCUAUGGGAACACCUUCUUCGAACAUGAUGUGUAGAGCUGACAACAAGGCUUAUCUUCUGCAGACAGGUCAAACUCCUGUGGUUCGACCACCAUUGUAUAACGAGUAUGGUUUAGACAAUUUUCCAAAUGGUAUGAAUGCCGUCGUUGCUGUCAUCUCCUACACUGGCUACGACAUGGACGACGCUAUGAUCAUCAACAAAUCUGCACACGAACGAGGCUUCGGUGAUGGUGUGAUUUACAAGACCAAGUUCUACGACCUUGCUGAGAAAUCAGGCAGAUCCUCUCGGUCUAAAACAGAGAUCAAAUCUAUGUUUGGUUUCGCUCCAGGUGAUCAAAACAUACCACAAGCAGCACUCAACUGCAUCGACGAAGACGGUCUGCCCAGAGUUGGAGCCAAAAUUGAAGAGGGAUCAGUCGUUGCAGCAUACCACACAGUAAUGUUCGAUCCUUCCACGAACUCGCUGAAGAACCUCGAUGGCAUUACUCAUUACCAGAAAUACAAAGAUGCAGAAGGCGGUUACAUUGACCAAAUCCGACUGCUCGGAGUCGAAACUGGUGACCAGGUUCUUCAGGCAAUCAGCGUCAAAUAUCGCAUACCACGUCGGCCCGUUAUUGGCGACAAGUUCUCCUCACGGCACGGUCAAAAGGGUGUAUGUUCCAUGCUGUGGCCAGCUGAGAAUAUGCCAUUCUCAGAGUCAGGCAUGCAACCGGAUGUGAUCAUUAAUCCUCAUGCUUUCCCAUCACGUAUGACCAUCGGCAUGUUCGUCGAGUCGCUUGCUGGCAAAGCCGGCGCACUACAUGGCAUUGCCCAAGAUUGCACGCCAUUUACCUUCGAUGAAGACAACACUGCUGGUGACUUCUUUGGAGAGCAGUUACUCAAAGCUGGCUACAACUCCAACGGUAACGAGCCCAUGUAUAGUGGAAUCACUGGCAAGGAAUUUGCAGCUGACAUAUACCUGGGCGUGGUAUACUACCAGCGUCUCAGGCACAUGGUGUCAGAUAAAUUCCAAGUGAGAACGACAGGACCAGUAAACGCGGUCACGGGACAGCCUAUCAAAGGUCGAUCAAAAGGUGGCGGUAUCCGUGUUGGGGAAAUGGAGAGAGACAGUUUGAUUGCUCACGGUUGUGCCUACCUCUUGCAAGAUCGAUUGAUGGACUGCAGUGACAAACAAAGAGCUUGGGUGUGCAAAACUUGUGGAAGUUUUCUAUCUGUACAGAUGGUCCCGAAUCCUUACAAUGCAUUGACAGGCAAGCGCGCUGUUGGUGGAGGUAGUGUUAUGCCCAGCGGUAUUGUGAGGUGCCGAACUUGCGCUCGAGAAGCGAAAUGGGACGACAGCAAGCUCAAAGUAUGGACCGAUGGUGAAGGCAAAGAGUUCGUGGGAGGAGAGAAUACUACUGUGGUCAAUGUGCCAGGCGUUCUGAGGUAUCUCGACGUUGAGCUGGCGGCCAUGGGUGUGAAGACGACUUUCACUGUCACUUAG